UUUUUUUUUUAAUGGAAUCUAUGGAAUACCGUUACCUUGGUAAUUCUGGUUUAAAAGUAAGCGUAUUAUCUUUAGGUUCUUGGAUAACUUUUGGUGGGCAAAUCUCACCUGAACAAACAACAGAAAUUGUAAAAACAGCAUUAGAAGCAGGAAUUAAUCAUUUUGACGUUGCAGAGAGUCAUGCUGGUGGUCAAGCAGAAAUUGAUUUAGGAUUAGCUUUGCGUAAUCAAAAAGGUCUUCGAAGAUCAGAUUUUGUUAUAUCAACCAAAGUAUUUUGGGGAGGGAAAGGACCUAAUGAUCGAGGAUUGUCUAGAAAACAUGUAUUUGAAGGAACUGUAGCUUGUUUACAAAGAUUACAAUUAGAUUAUGUGGAUAUUUUAUAUGCUCAGAGGCCAGAUCCUGAUACUCCUAUGGAAGAGAUUGUAAGAGCCUUUAAUUGGUGUAUUGAUAAAGGUAUGUCGUUAUAUUGGGGAACAAGUGAAUGGCCAGCCUAUUUGAUUACAGAAGCUAUGAAUGUAGCAGAACGAUUGCAUAUGAUUGCUCCUAUUACUGAGUCACCACAAUAUAACAUGUUAAAUCGUGAACGAGUUGAAAAAGAAUAUUUACCAAUGUAUCAAAAAUAUAAACUCGGUACAUGUAUUUGGUCACCUUUAGCAUCCGGUCUUUUGAGUGGCAAAUAUAAUGAAGGCAAUAUCCCGCCAUACACGCGUUUAGCUAUACAAGAUCAUCCUGUUAUUAAUCGAUUAAGAGCAGUCUUUUUUAGUGAAGAAGGAAGAAGGAAAAUAGAAAAGAUAAAAUUAACAACGCUAUUGCAUGGUGUUUAAAGAAUCCUAAUGUAACAUCGGUUAUUAUUGGGGCCUCUACUACAGCUCAAGCAAAAGAGAAUAUUCAGGCACUUCAUGUUAGAAAGUUAUUAACAGAUGAUAUAAUGCAUGAAUUAGAUUUGUUACUGGCUAAUAAACCAGAAGAUGUGUUUGAUUUUAGGAAAUCUUGAUUUAAUAAAGUUGCGUAUUUAAUAUUAUUUUUUAAAAAAAAA